CAUGUCUGGCCACAUCGUAAACAUCCCGCAGCUCCAAGCGGGCUACAACGCUGCCAUAGGCCGGCGUGCUCCAUCUCCGCCGCUCGCUCGCCGUUGGGUGGGUCGCCUUCGCUACUUAACAGUGUCUCGCCAGGGUACAUGGCGACCGAGAUCUCGGACUUUCUACCGCAGGCUCCUAAAGACAUCUGGGAGAGUAAGAUUUUCAUUGGGCGGAAGGGCCAGGCGGGAGAGCUUAAGGGAGCUUUUUUAUAUUUAGCCAGUGAUGCGUCGAGUUAUACAACUGGAGCGGACAUGUGGUUGACCGGGGUUAUUGCUUGCCUUGAGAGCGGAUGAAUGACUGGUUGGGUAUGCUUUCUGGAGGAUGUGUUUUCGGCCGGUUUCUACUAUCUCUUGAUUCUGGAUCUUGAUUUCGGGUUAUCUGCUAAGUUCUAGAUUCUAUAGUCUCAAAUCGCUUUGCUCCAGG